AUAAAAUCGAAGCAUCCGUCUUCAACCUUGGACAUCAAAAAAACAAUCGCAACUGCGUAAAGGGUCUCGUCCUUAUCCGCCAUGUUAGAUAGCAAGUAGGCUAUCUACUUCUGGCGUGACGGACGCAUUCCACCCUUAUUUGUUAUUUAUAUUCCAUUUCGAUCGCUUUGAGGAUAUCCUCGACGAUCGCCAAUUAACCUGGUCAGCUUAGGUCGACCUACUCCUUAGCCAUCUCAGCGACUAUCCGUUUUUAGGACCUAAAUUACUUCUAGUAUUUCCUAGCUUUGUCCAUACCUUCGAUAUCGAAAUUUCUACGUAGAGAAUUGCCAUCAUGGACAGUCUCUUCGUUAAGGAUCGCUGUGACGCGCUCCGCGAGGGCGGCUUCACCAACUUCUUUAUCUCCAUUCUAAUUGUGAUCGGUAUCAUGCUAUCAUAUGUCACACAACACUAUCGAAUCAUCUCCCGCGGAUCCUCCGAAGGAAUAUCUCCGUACUUCGUGUUGCUCGGUGUCACCUCAGCGAACUCGCAGUUUGGGAACAUCCUCACCCUGCCUCAAUCGCGAGCCGAUGUUGCCUGCUGCAAAGUAGUUAGCCCCUUCGAAUGUACUGCUGGAUUACUCGGAAUUGCACAGAUUGGGACACAAUGGGUUUGUUUUGCUAUCAUCCUCGUUCUAUUUCUAGUCUUCUUCCGUAGGGAGGAUGUUGAUCUAUCGGACGAUGAAUGCGAGCGAGACCCCGACCAACCAACCUGGAGGACCGCUGUUACCGUAGCAGCUCUAUGCUUGAUUCACGGUCUACUCGUUGUUAUUGUAUCAGCUGCAUUUGCGUUUGGUGCUCCCUCGUACCUAGGUGCGUGGGCGAAUUUCUUGGGAAUCAUGUCUGCUGCACUCGCCGCCGUCCAAUACAUUCCUCAGAUUUGGACUACAUACCGCCUCAAGCACGCUGGUAGUCUUAGUAUUUUGAUGAUGUGCAUACAAACCCCCGGUGGGUUUCUUUUUGCUGGUAGCUUAGCAGCACGUCUUGGUUGGGCAGGUUGGAGCUCUUGGGGAGUAUAUGUCUUGACAGCCAUAAUGCAAGGUAUCUUAUUGUUUAUGGCCAUCUCGUACGAGUGGCCGUCGCAGGAGGAGCGCCGUCAGUCUACUCCGCAACCGCAACGUCCUCCGUAUAACCGACGUACCACACCCAGAGUCUUACCUUCGCCAGGCCCGUACUCUGCUCACUUACAGGCCUAUGGCGAAACGCAAGAAGAAAUCGAACGUGCACUAGACCGCGAGAGCGUCCAAGGCAUAGGAGAAAACCAACCUCUCUUGGCACCUGGUGGACUUGGCAGCUCAGGUGUUCGCUAGCUUACCAGCCUUGAAGAGUAAGGUACCUACCUCUAAAUAUGAACUAUAAAUAAGUAAAUAUGAUAUUUCCACAUGUGCAAAGUUAAUAGCCAGACCAGCUUCCUACGUUAGGUAGAGACUAAGUUGACCA